CAUAUGUGUCUCAACUCACAAAGAUCAUGAUGUGGACCAUAUCAUGUCAUUUGGGAGGUGAGAAUGCCAAAAACAACAACGCCAAAUAAAGUCAAAGCUGAAGAAAUUAAAUCCAGAAAGAGGACAGAGCCUUUAUUUGGUAAAACAAUUACAGCUAUGAAAUGAAGUGAGGAUGAUUAUUUAUCGAGUCAAGUAUUGAUUUAAGAAAUUUGUUAAUUAUUUGAUUACAUGGUCUGAAGAUUUCAUCACACAGAUGGAAAUAUGAGUGUUUACACAUCCCUACCUGUUAACCUGUCAGAAGACUGCGCCGGAGCUUUAAGAUAAUACUAACAAUUGUACCAGGGAUGCAAAGCAGCUGAGUGAUUUAUUAAAACCACAUAUUUCUGCUGCUGUAAACAAUUGAUAACAUUUCAGCUUCUGGUGACUUUUUAUCAUUCAGAAACCAGCAUGUGCUCUAAAACUGGACUCGCCUCCAACCCAUCAAGUCAGAAAAAUGGGCUUUUGAUGGUGCAAAUGGUCCGGCAAAGAGAUCAGAUUAUGUUUAAUCUUUAACGCCAAUCCUCCUAAAUAUUAUUAACAGCUAAAGUUUUGACUCUUAAUUUUUUGUCAAUAUGAAAAACUAAGAGAUGCUCACAUCUGAUGCUUUUCUGUUUGUGAUUUGGGUAAAUUUUGCUACCUCAAUAUGUCCCUGAUGUAUAAAGCAGUACAUACAGAUGGCCUCCAAAAGAUUGAAAAAAAAAAAUCAGACAAAACAUUGUCUAAAGUCCAGCUCAGACGUGUAAGUCCAACUGAAAUAAUUGAAAGGGUUAUACAUCAAACAAGUUAGAGAUCAGAUGAAUAUAUAACUAUGUAUCAGCUAAACAUUCAUCCAAUGUUCUGAGAACUGCAGUCCAGAGACCCUAACCAAGAACUCAAUAGCAGCUAUCAGACAAAAUACAUCGAGUAAAGAAAGCAGUUUCUGGAAAUUUCAAAGUAGAAAAACAAUCUGAUGCAUAAGCUGAUGAUGUCCCUGCAAGAAGUGAAUCCCAGAGUGAGAGGGAUCAGACUCUCAUCUCAAAGUGGGCUGCAUAGUCUGACUGAGAACAACACCAGAGACAUCAUCCAGGGGGCGCCACAAUCCUUCAAGGAGCAGAUUAACAUCAGUUCAGGUGAUCCCCAGAGAGCAGGAAUGAAACCCAUCUCAUUUGUUCGCCAGGUCCUGGCGGUGUGUUUGUGCCCUGAGCUGCUGAGUGACGAACAUCUUCCUCUGGACGUCAGGCUAAGAGCCCUGAGGCUCCUGGAGGCUUGUGAUGGUGAAAGUGUGGGUUCCUACACUGCCUCCUCUGGACUGCCUCACGUCAGACAAACAAUCGCCGAAUUCAUCAUGAAAAGAGAUGAAGGUGUUCCUGCGUAUGCUAAAAACAUUUUUAUAUCCUCUGGAGCUCAGAGAGCCCUGAUGGUAAUAGUAAAGCUGCUGUCCGGAGGGGAAGGGCGACUUCAGACUGGAGUGUUGAUCCCUCAUCCCUGUCCACACGGACUGCUUCCUCUGCUAGACGAGGCCGGGGUGAUGGCCGUGCCUUACCGGCUGAUAGAGGAGGAAAACUGGGCUGUCGACUUGAGUGAGCUGGAAAGAGCUCUAACGACCGCCAGAGGGCGCUGCGAGCCCAGAGCAAUCUACAUAAGCAACCCAGGAAACCCUACAGGACAUUUGCAGGACAGGGAGUCCAUAGAGGAAGUGAUUGAGUUUGUAUCAGCUGAGAGACUCCUUCUGCUGGUUGAUGAGGUCUACCAAGACAGUGUUUAUGCACCAAACAAAGAGUUUAUUUCAUAUAAGAAGGUUCUGUUUGAGAUGGACGAACAUCUGAGAGACACUGUGGAGCUGGUCUCCUUCCACUCUUUAUCCUGUGCCUGUGUAGCAGAGUGUGGCCUCAGAGCAGGAUACAUGGAGGCGGUCAACAUGGACCCAGGGGUGAUGCAUUUCGUCGACACCAUGCUCUGUACUGACAUCAAUGCACCAGUCACAGGACAGCUUGCACUGGAUCUCAUGCUCAGCCCACCCAGUCCGGGCGACCCUUCAUAUAACACAUUUGUUCAUGAGACUCUCGUGACUCGAGCCACUCUGGCCCAAAAUUCUCAGCGGGCUCUGAAGCUGCUGAACGAUCUACCGGGAAUGAGCUGCCGCCCGGCGAUGGGGGGAAUCUACCUCUACCCACAUCUGGAUCUACCAGCUGAGAUCAAGGAGCAAGCCAAUACGCUGGGACUGGAAGCAGUUGUGUUGUACUGCCAGAUGUUACUGGACGAGGAGGAUUUGAUCGUAGGUGCAGGAGAUGAUGGAACAAGUGGCAUCCAUCAUCUCAGAUUAUGUAUUCUGGUUCCGCCUGACACGUUGGAGGAGGUUCUGUCUCGCCUUUCCUCCUUCCACCUUCGCCUCUCUGACAGAAAACUGAACAGAAUUGUGUAGGACAAAGCUGAGAAGCAACAAGCUGUCACCAGCAGAGGAAAUACACCAAAGCCACAUGAGACAAGCAGAAAGAUCAUAUUUAAAUAUUUGUUUUCUUUCCUGACAUUUUUAGAAUAAUGCUAGAAAAAGCUUUUAUUGAAGGAGAAGCGUAUUUACCUUUUUAUUAUCCGGAAAAAUCUGGAUCCUUUUUAAAAUUACUGUUAGGUUUAGCUUCCAUGCCAAAACACAAUGCAUACGUGAACUGCUUUUCAGGCUUGCUUGGAUUGUGAUAACAAAAGCAUGAAAAUAUAUGAACAAGAGUAGCUGUUUUAAGAAUUUGACUGUUAUACAAUAAUGCUAAUGUGAAUAAAUACACAAUAGAAGAAAAUGCAAACAUUUAUGUAGUUCUUUGCUGACCCUAAACUUUAUAUUCACCUGAUAAGUAAAUUUGGUAGUUGGUUGUUUUUUGUCAUUUUCAAAAUGUCGAUUCCAUUCUCCUGACAUCCACCCAAAUAUUCUGUUGUAUGAUGCACUGAUGUUUUCUAAAUAGCUUAAAAAAAUCAGAAUUUGUUCUCAAACUCAUCCUGUAAAGAUUAAAAAAAAUAAAUAC